GUUGUUGUUGUCUUCAUGCUGAUUUCUGUCAUUGCAGUCAUAAAUAUAACACUGCAGGAAGGAUGCACCACCUCUGGAGGAUGUCUUAAAAAUCUCUUUGAGCAGAUAGAGAACAUUACAGCUACAGUGCUUCCUUUGAAUCUUGUGACAAACAUUUUGACAAUGGCCUUCAACGCUUCAGAGAAGAUUUUAGAGACAACAACCUCAGCAAGCCCAACUGAACUAGCCUCCCAUGGAAACCGUAUGUUAAAAACCAGUGAGAAACUCAUGUCUACUUUAGUGAAGCCGACAGACACAAAUGACAGUGUCAAGUUUAAUCUUCCCACUGUAGAGGGACAAGUCUUCAUGGUUGGGCCACGGGUCACUUUGGAUAAAAUUCCUCGACUUGAUACGAUAAAUUCAUCUGUGGACAUUGAUCUCAUUGGGAUCGCCAAGAACAACUAUGAAACAAGAUCAGCUGCUGUGGCUUUCAUGAGCUACAACACGAUGGAGAACCUACUGAAGCCAGACUUAUUCAACACAUUGAAUGAGACGGUUAAAACCAUGAUGUCCACUGUGAUCUCAGCUACUCUUCCCAAAACCAGCAACACUAAACUGGCCGAGCCAGUCAACUUAACACUCAAACACAUCAGAGAGUUUGAUCCCAGCGGUUCUCUGUCCUGUGUGUACUGGAAUAUCAGCGAGUGGAUUGUAGAUAGUUGUGUUGUUUUAAAGACCAACAGCAGCUAUACUGUGUGUUCCUGUGAUCAUCUGUCGACAUUCGCUCUCAUCAUGCAAACCAGCGGCCCGCCGGCGAGCGACCCACUUCUGGAGUUGUUGAAUUUGGUGUGUGUGUUUGUGGGGCUGGUGUUCUUCAGUUUGGCCCUGUUGACCUUUGCCCUUUGUCACUGGAGUCCUGGAGUGAAUAAUGUGGCUCGAAUCAACAUCUGCAUCAGUCUUCUGUUGGCUCACCUUCUGUUCCUGCUCACACAGCAGUUCCUGAGCAUCAUACAGCGUCAGAAGGUGUUGUGUGCCGUCAUCUCAGGCCUUCUGCACUUCCUCUUUCUCUCCGGCUUUGUGUGGAUGUUCAUCGAAGCUGUGCUGCUCUACAUCUGUGUGAAGAACCUAUCACAGAUCAGCUUCAAAAACAGCGAGGUGCUUAGCAGUGGAUUCCUGUGUGUGAUUGGAUAUGUGGUUGCUCUGGUUGUGGUGUGUGUCUCUGUCGGUCUGGUUCCUGAAGGCUACGGCAGCGAACAGUGAGUCAGCAUUUUCUCUGAAUUCAUGCAAUGAAUAAGACUUUAGUUCAAGUCAUUUUAAAUAUUAAAGAGGUCAUCGGAUGCCCAUUUCCCACAAGUUGAUAUGAUCCUUUAGGGUCUUAAUGAAAAGUCUGUAACAUAGUUUGGUUAAAAAUGUUUAAUGGUCGUGUAAAAAAAGAUUUUUUUACACUGUUAAAAACUGUUUUCAGAGCAUGCAGUUUUGUAGCAUGUUCCUUUAAAUGUUAAUGAGCUCGACUGACUCCGCCCCUUUCUUCCGAGCUGCUCUGUGAGGGACUGUAUACUUUAGCAGCUUUCAUCGUGAAACUUGCUAAUUAGCACAUUUUUAGGAAAGGUGAUGUGCAAAGAUUAAUUUAAAAACCACUCAUUUCUUCUGUUGGUGAAGAUUGAUCACAAAUGAUUUGCGAGAACAUAAACACAUUUAUGUAGAUCGGGGGAGCAUUCCCUUCAGAAACAAAUGUUAUCCACUGUGUCUUCAGUGGCUCAGAUGUCUAGAGUAAAUGAAGACUGCUGUGUUCAUUAUUAUAU